CUCGCUAAAUCCCUUCCCUCCACUUUACCAAAUUUCCCCCAAAAUCAUGGUGGCGUUGAAGGAGGGCAGCCGGCCGCCGUGGGUCGGUUUAGCGGCGGCAGUUUGGGUGCAAAUAGCUUCAGGAAAUGCUUACACUUUCCCUCUCUACUCUCACCACUUAAAGUCUGUGUUAGGAUUAAGCCAGCAGCAGCUCACGAUUCUCGGAGUCGCCAAUGACAUAGGCGAGAACGUCGGAAUCCUCCCCGGAAUCGCCUGCAAUAAGUACCCGCCAUGGGCGGUGCUUCUCGUCGGGGCUUUCACUUCAUUUUUCGGCUACGGCGUGCUCUGGCUCGCCGUUACCCGAACCGUUCACUCCAUGCCGUAUUGGGUUUUGUGGAUUGCGUUAUGCAUUGCCACAAACAGCAGUGCGUGGCUUGGCACGCCUAUUCUUGUGACAAACAUGAGGAACUUUCCUCUCAGUAGAGGCACAGUUGCUGGACUGCUGAAAGGAUACGCCGGUUUAAGUGCUGCAGUUUUUACGGAGGUGUACACUUUGGUCCUUGAUAAGUCGUCGCCGACUCUACUUCUUCUACUAGCGCUAGGCAUCCCCACCGUUGAUUUGCUGAUGAUGUACUUAAUCCGCCCUUGUACACCAGCUUCGGGAGAAGACUCUGCCGAGCAUUGCCAUUUUCUUUUUGUCCAAGGAGCAAGUCUUACCGUUGCCGUAUAUCUUCUAACCACAACUGUUUUGAAAGAAGUAUUGUCUUUUGGAAAUAUCAUUUCCUAUAUACUGGUUGUCAUUAUGGUGCUUCUUUUAGCAGCUCCUCUUGCGAUACCCAUAAAAAUGACAUUGUUCCCGGCAAAGCGUAAUAAGUCCAGUUCAGAAGAAUUAGUUGGCGAAGACGAGACAAAUCUGGCAACAGAUCCACUUUUGACUGCAUCGUCAUCAACUACAUAUCUUGGAAGCUUUUACGAGCCUGAAGAUAUUUCGGAAGUUGAUUUACUUAUUGCUGUGGGUGAAGGGGCAGUGAAAAAGAAGAAGAAGCCUCGGAGAGGGGAAGAUUUUAAAUUCCGUGAGGCUGUUGUGAAGGCCGACUUUUGGCUUCUAUGGAUUGUGUACUUUUUUGGAGUUGGUUCGGGCGUCACCGUCCUCAAUAAUUUAGCUCAGAUUGGGGUUUCACUCGGCGUGGAAAAUACAACGAUACUAUUGAGUUUGUUCAGCUUCUGUAAUUUUCUGGGCCGGCUUGGAGGAGGAGCUGUUUCCGAGUACUUUGUGAGAUCUAAGACAAUUCCGAGGACAUUUUGGAUGGGCGUCGCGCAAACCGUCAUGGUUUUAACCUUCCUUCUAUAUGCUUCCGCUCUGAACGGCACUCUCUACGCCGCCACAGCACUGCUUGGGAUUUGCUAUGGUUUCCAAUUUGCAAUAAUGAUCCCAACAGCAUCUGAACUUUUCGGGUUGAAGCACUUCGGCAUAAUUUUCAACUUCAUGCAGCUGGGAAAUCCCACAGGGGCAUUUCUCUUCUCAGGCUUGCUUGCCGGUCAAGUCUAUGACUCGGAAGCAGAUAAGCAACUAGGAUCAUCGUGCCUGGGGCCGAGCUGCUUCCGGCUCACAUUCCUUGUUUUAGCCGGAAUUUGUGGGUUAGGAACUUUGCUUAGUAUACUUCUUACCUUACGAAUUAGACCAGUUUACCAAAUGCUUUAUGCAGGAGGUUCCUUCCGUAUUGCUCAAAGUUCCGGCCAUUGAUACUAGAGAGUCCCUUUGGCCGUAAUCUUUGGGAUUAUUGUUGUGUUUAAUCGUAUGCCGGGUUAUGCCUCAGACUUUUUACGUGUCUGGAAAAUAAAUUUCCUCCAUGGCAUUAUCCUUAUAUAUACUAUACAGCGUUUAUUGGCUCUGUAUCGACACUUGACUCAAUCUAUUGAUGCUUUUCGUAUCAUGAAUCGAUGACUUUAGCUACCAAUGAAGUUUUGAAGUAUUACUUGCUGUUGUCAA